AUGAGCAAUAGUCGUUUAAAUGUAUUGACAGUUGGUGCCAACCCUAAUCUUGUCUAUUAUUCAUGGAAGUUGAACAAGACUGGUGAUUUUAAGAUCCAUUUGUUGAACGAUGAAAUCAACCCUGAUAAUCAAAUUGUCAUUACAAAAAGUCAUGGUUCAUCAAGUGUUUUCAAUCCAGAUGUGAUAUAUUCUGAUUUCAGUAAAUUGUCUUUACAAACUAAAUUUGAUAUUGUGUUUUUAUCAUCAAAAUCUUUACAAGAUAUUUCAAACUUGUCUUCAAAUUUAUCACCAUUUUUAAACCCAAAUUCAGUCAUUCUUAUAGAAUCCACCGGGUUUGUCAAUUUAGAACCUUUUUUGAAAAAUUGCUUACCUUCAAGUUCAUCAAGUUCAAUUUUUUCAAUCUUAUCAACACUAGAUAUUCGUAAAUUAGAUCAAAAUCAAUAUUUUAUCAAUGAUACUGCAUUAACCCCUGAAAUCAUAAUUGGAGAAUCAAAUACAAAUAAUUCUAAAUAUCAAUCAACUACUUUAUCAAAAUUAAUUUCAAUUUCCAAGAUUUUCCAAUCAGCAUCUUCAAAUGAUUACAAAUUAACAAUUAAAAACACUUAUUUAGAAUUUUUAACUGAACAAUGGAAGUUAGCAAUCCCAAAAAUUUGUUUCAAUCCAUUAUUAAUUCUUUUUGAAGAAUCAAAACCUGAAAAUUUAUCAAAUCAAAUAUUGGCAAAACCUUUAUUAAGUGGAUUAGUUACAGAAUUGAUUACAGUGGCUAAGACUAUGGGUUGUAAGUUACCAGUUGGUUAUGAUAAUGAAUCUAAUUUGUUCAAAAGAUGGUGUGAUUUAUACUCAAAUAAUGGACAACCAGAGGAUGAUUCUGUUAAGUAUUUACAAUCACCAAGUUUCUUUUUCAACUUUUUCCAUAAAAACAGUUUAGAUAUUGAUAUGUUAUUAUUACAACCAAUUUUAUUAGCUGAUGAUUAUGGUAUCAAGACUCCAUAUUUGGAAUUUUUAUAUGCAACAAUUUGUCAAUUUGAUAAAUUUAACCAAUCUGGUGAUCAUUCAAUUUUCUUCAAAAGAUCUGAUGAUUCAAAAUUAAAGAAUCUAUUGAAAUCAAAUCAGUUUUUAACUGAAAAAUUAACUAUUAAAGAUGAUGAAUUGAAUAAUAUGAAUUCAAAAUUAAAAGAAUUGAAUCUGGUUCAACAAAAAAAUAUAGAUAGAGAGUCUCAAUUUAGUCAAUUAGUUAAUAAUGUGGAAUCACUGAAGGCUCAAAAUCAACAAUUGCAACAGCAACUUCAGCAACAAAUGGCUAAAUCAAAACAAAUUCAAGCUAGAGCUUUAGCCCAACAACAACAACAACAACAACAACAACAACAACAACAACAACAACAGCAUCUGCAACAGCAGCAAGAACCAAAUGAUAGAUCAAUUCCACCGGAACAAUCACCAAUUGACAACAAUUUCAAACAUUCUAUUGAAGGUACCCCAGAUUUACGCGAUUUAACAGAUGCUGCAUUAAUCAGUGCUUCCAUGGAAUCCCCAAUAAAGCAAAAUAAUGAGCCUCAAUUACCUCAACAAGCUCCACCAAAUUUACCAAACGGUAAUGUUAAUGGAUCAGCUACUACCAAUGGUAACGGCUUACAACCACCACAUGUUAUUCCACAAUUAUCUUCUAAAGAAUUGGAAUUACAGAAAAAGGAACAACUUUUAUAUUCAAAGGAAAUGGAAUUAAAUAAGAAAUUAUCCCAAUUUAAUAGAUAUCCUCAGCAACAACAACAAGGAGUACCACAACCACCACAGUUUCAAACACCAUAUCAUCAACAAAGUGGACAUAAUGGUAGUGGUGGAUCAUCAGCUGGGUUACAUCAUCCUUCACCAUUAUAUUCAGUUCAAAAUAGCUCAAGAAGUCAAGUUAUUCCAGGACCUAAUGGAUUACAACCAUUACAAACAUCUCAACUAACUAAUGGAUUACCAAAUGGUGGAGGUGGUUUAUAUCAACAACCGCAACAACAACAAGGACCUCCACAACCUCGUCGUGUUUCUACAAUGCCAGUAUUAGAUUCAAAUGAAAUGUUUACAAAUCCACAAUUUAAGAAAACUUCAAGAAAGAAUAGAAAAUCAAGUUUCCCAUUAGUCACACCUGGAUUAGUUGAUGAUAAUUAUGGUAUUCCAAUGCAAAAUAAUUUGAAUAAUAGACCAAUGAGAAAUCAUUAUCCAUCUCAAUCAACAAAUGGUAUAAUACCUCAACAACAGCCUGUUCCUCCUCAACAACAGCCUGUUCCUCCUCAACAACAAAUACCUUCAGCUCCAUCACAAUCUCAACAACCAUAUAGACCAAAUCCAACAAAGGCAUUCACAUCACCAACGAUUCCACAAGAAAAUCCAUAUUCAAAUUCUAAUUCAAAUUCUAAUUCAUCAAAUGAAUUGAAUCAAUUAGCUAAUACAUCUCAACCAAUAGUUGAUGAUAAUGCUAAACCAUUAGGUAUUAUAGGAAGUGCAAAUAAAGAAGGUGAUGAGAAGAAAAAGAAAAAGAAGGGAUUAUUUAGAAAGAAGUGA